AUGGCACCCUUAAAACGUAUCCUCGCCUUCACCUCUGCCGUCAUUGCAGGCGGAUUUCUCUUCCUUGGUCAGAGUGCGGAAGCCAGGGGCCCCAAGAUCACCAACAAGGUUUACUUUGACAUCACUCAUGGAGACAAACCUCUUGGGCGUAUUGUAAUGGGCCUUUAUGGAAAGUCAGUCCCUAAGACCGCAGAAAAUUUCCGGGCAUUGGCUACUGGCGAGAAGGGUUUCGGUUAUGAAGGCUCGACGUUCCAUCGAGUCAUCAAGGACUUCAUGAUUCAGGGUGGUGACUUUACUAAUGGCGACGGAACCGGCGGAAGAUCUAUCUAUGGAGAGAAGUUUGCUGAUGAAAGCUUCAAGCUGCGACACACAAAGAAAGGCAUUCUGAGUAUGGCCAACGCCGGACCAGACACCAAUGGUUCGCAAUUCUUCAUCACCACGGAAAUCACCAGGUGGCUCGAUAACCGCCACGUUGUCUUCGGCGAAGUCCUCGAGGGCUACGAAGUUGUCGAUAAGAUCCAAAAUGUGGAAAAGGGUCACGGCGACAAACCAAAGGAGCCUAUCAAAAUCUCCAAGAGCGGCGAACUAGCCAUGGAGCCAGAGGAAGGUGACGGUAAACACAGCGAGCUCUAG